CCAACCCAACUCACCCAAGAUGUUCAAGUUCGUCGUAUUCCUGGCUGUGGCCGUCGCCUGCGUCUUCGCGGCACCAAAACCCGGUUACUUGGCCGCUGCUCCGUUGGUAGCUACCGCACCGGCAAUCAACGCUUACUCCGCUCACCCGUACUACAGCGCGUAUGCAGGCAGUGCAUACGCACCAUUGGCUUACGCCGCUCACCCCGCGGCUGCCCCCAUCGCCUAUGCUUCACCCUACGCCUACUCUUACUACCACUAAUUCAGUGUUUUUUCCAUCCGAAAUACACGUUGAUGAUCAUUGAUCUUCCAUAGGUACUAUGGAUUUCGCACUUGUUAUGAAUUGUAUGUAAUUUGGAUAACCAAUUUGUGUAUUUUUUUUUCCUUUGCUGUCGCAGCACGCAGUAUAAUUUUUGUAUCAAAUGGAUCUCAUUGUAAUAAACGCUAUUUGCUAAU